CACUACCGGUUAUUCGCCGUUCUUUCUUCUCUACGGGCAUGAGCCCACACUUCCCAUCGACGCCAUGCUCCAUCUGCAGCUUGGACACCUCAAGACUCCGUCGAACGAAGAGGUCAUGAGAAAGUGGGAAAGCGCGAAGCAGAUCGUCGCGGAGCGUGAGCGACGGGCCCAGAAGAACAACAAGGAGAGGUACGACCAGCACCGACGCACAGCGCGCUUCAAGCCCGGGGACCUUGUGUACAUACGUAUGCCUACUUCAAAGCGAGGGAGGACAACGAAGUUCCUACAUGCCUAUCACGGGCCCUUCAGGGUGGUCCGACAGACAGCCGAAAAUGAUUGGGAGGUUGAGAAUCGCAGAGGAAAGCCGGACGUGGUGAAUGUGAAUCGCAUGAAGCCCUUCGUGGUGCGUGACGAGAACAGCGAACGAGUUAGCAGCGACGACUCCACGGAAACAGACACACCCGACGGUCCGACAGGGGACCACCGUGACAUUCCCGAGGAAUUCCACGAUGCUCAAGACACCCUCACCCAGGACCAAGCCUGUGGGGAACCUCGGCGUUCCCAAGUGAGCGACACCGUAGCGGUGCCAGUGCCGGCAUCAGUGCUGGAACCUGUGUCAGUGCCAGUGCUUAGGUCAGCUCGUGAGCUACAGACAGGCUCUAAUCAGGAGACAAACGAACGAAACCGCCGAGCUUCCACCCGAUUGCAGUGGAGCGACUUUUUGUAUUACUAG